AUGUCCGCGGAGCUGGAUCGUCGCUGGGGCUUCUUAGCUCCCUGGUGCGCCGCGCUGAAGGGCCUGCUACACUACAAGUACCCAACGCAUGAUGAGGCGCUCUGGGACAUCCGGAAGCGCCGCCUCCAAGUGCGAUUCCCGACACGUUACGACGAUACGGAGCUGGGGGGAGACUUCUACUGGGACGGAGACGACGAGAUUGAGUUCUCGGAUAAAUUCCAAAAAAUCCGCGAGGCGCUGGCUUUGUUUUCCGCUGUGGCUCAUGUGGACCAAUCAGCGUGGAGAUAUCUGCUGGAUAAUUACUGCAAAGUGGAUCUUGGCCAAGAGAGAGAAGAUAUUCCAGCUAGAUUUUUGGCGUUCCUGGACCUCGAAACACAAGAAGACUUGGCCUACGAAGGCUCAUUUGACCUCGACCCAGUCCAGCUCUGUGAUACUCACCAACGGAAACACCCUACAGACGCCUAUGUGGCUGCAUUGCGGAAAAUCUCAGCGCUGGAUAAAAGGCUAAAAUCCGAUAAACCGGGCGUGGAUAUUGAAAUCCCCGUUCGGUUGUAUUUUCCAGGUAUGGACAUCAUUUCGGUGGAUGGCCCCCAGAAAGUGUUCAAUGAUAUGCAACUGGCGGAGAGGAUGAUCCGGCGCAAGUGGGCGAGGUACGAAGAAGGUCCGAAGUGCAGGCCGGUUGAUCCAGGGCAAUUGAGGUGCACUUUUGUGCUCGAGCCGAUGAUCGCGAGCUUCAACGACUGCUGGAUCACCCCCACAAUGGCGGAAAUGCUAGAGCAUCAUGUUCGAGCCAACGUCUGGUUCUCGCAGUUGUCGCUGUGGGUGAAGCUAGACCCUGACCUCAAGACGGACUUGCCCAGAUUAAGGCUGACCUUCGCGAAGAUCAUGGCUGCGGUUUUCGAUAGCGCUCACCGCUCUCCUGAGCUAGCGAAUACCGCUUACCACACCAAGAUUGAGCCUUCUAGCAUGGUAUCGAAGAGGCUGCAGUUGGGGACCGUCCAUUUGAAAUAUAACUGUUGGCUGCGGCCGAAAGACGUGGAGGCGAUGUUCUCAGCCAUUGCUGUCAGCCAGACGACCUCAAAGCUCUCGAUGCGCCUACAGAUGAGGGAAGACCAAGACAGCGUCAAGUGGUGGAAAUGGCUGGUCAUGACUGUCGAAGAUGUGGAGGCUUUUGCGCCGGUGCUGAAUUCUGAGCACCCUGAGGAAGAAGUUUGCGUCUGCCCUCGAGGUCAAGUGGAAGAGAGCUAUGCUACUCUGGAAAGUGAAGCUCCGAUACGCUGGCAGUUUGAUGAAGAGGAUGAAUAUCCCGCUCUCAGUUUUGAGUCGCCAAUACGUUACGUUCGCACGUGUAGUGAUUACGGAGAGAGCGAGUGGGUGGAUGCACUGGUGCCUGGGCUUGGAAGGUGUCAGGUUCAGAGAGAUGAUCUGGUCUUUGAUGACACUGAGGACGAUGUCAGGUCAACAGCAUUGACUUCUCUUACGCUUCAAUUUGCCGACUUUGAUGAUCCAGACUUUGACAGCCUCCCCAUCUUCUUAGCCGCUGUUGGUUCGUCGCUGAAGUUCCUGACACUAGGAGUCGCGUGCAUGGAGUUGGACGACAUUUUACGUUGCUGCCCGAACCUCCAUGAACUCGUCAUCCGCGAUCAACUGGUGGAGGAGGCACGGUUCAACUUCGCUGAAUACCGCUUAGUAAAUGGGUCUUUGCCUUCGCUGAACUUCAACUGCAACGAUGUAGCAGAACUUUCCAGAGCCCUCAGUGACACCAAGAACCCCCUGUCGAAGUGUGCGCGUCGGAUACGGAUUCGACUAAAUCAGCUCGUGGCUGGAUUUUCGACUCGAUAA